CUGGGUUUUAGACAAAGAAAAUAAGGAAACAAACUUAACCCUUAUUUUCUUUGUCUAAAACCCCAAGCCAAAGUUACCAAAGAAUAGAGAAAACCCAACCAAGACCUACAAUGACAGGGAAACGCAUGCGCUUAGUUCGUUCCAAGACAAGUUUUGACGACAUGACCACCUUGGAUGGCCAGCUGCCACCGCAGGAGCGGCGACAACAGAUGAAGCUGCCCAGCAAUGAGACUAUGAUAGAAAAGACUAUGAUAGAAAAAGAAACUCCCAAGGUAUAUCAUCAACCGGCCGCAACUCUCGCGAUGUGGUCAAGUCCUGCCACUCAAGGGAGUUUCCUCGACAAAUGCAACUACUGUAACAAGAGGAUCGGUGACAAAGACGAGAUCUACAUGUACAGUUCGUUGCAGGCGUUCUGUAGCUCAGAGUGCCGAAUCCAACAGAUACUUGAUGACAAGGCGAGGGAGAUGAUGAUGUGUGGGCAGUCGGCGGAAGCCCUUGCGUGGCAUCAGAAGAUGAUCAACAAUCUAAAGAUAACUUGGUUAUAAUGAAUAAAAGCUCCAUAUAUCUGCAUGCAGAGCCUGUCUAGCGUUUUGUCAGUUUUUUGGGAUAAGGCAGGAUAUUUUGCAAUGAGUAGUGUUAAGUGGACCACAUUUUUAGGUACCACAUGCAUUCCACCUCAUGUAACAGUUAAUGUAG